AUGGCAACUGUGGGCCUUGGAUUGGAUUGGAUUGGAUUGCACCCAGGUGACCUCUCCCUUCCCAUGGAUCUCAUCACUUCCAUGCUAUUAGAAAAUCUUAAAGUAGACAAAAGAGUUUAUGCUUGUGAAUACUGCAAGACUAAGUUUGAAAAUUAUAUGAUUCUUUGGGACUGGGAUUUAAAACAAUGCUAUAAACUUCAUCAUCAGAAUGCAUGCAGUGGAACUGAAGUUGAUCUUUCUGUACUAAAUCAGACUCGGAACAUGGUGUCUGAUCUUCUGUCUGAUCCAGUUGUUCCUCCACAUGUGAUUUCUUCUCUUCAAAGCAUCGAUAACUUGCUAAGUGCUUUCUCAGGUUCAUGCAGGCCAAAGAUAAACCUGUUAACUCCCUUUCCGGGGUUUUAUUCCUGUCCAGAAAUGGAAGACUCACCUGAAAGAGGAGACUGUAAGCUGCACAAGGUACUGAGCAGCCGAAAUAGCUUACCAACACCACAAUUAAGGCGAAGUUUAGGAAGCUUGCUGCCCAUUGAUCCAACUUCUAGAUGGGAACGUAAUAAUGGCAAAAGGUCACACCAUGAGUAUAAUCUUUCAAGCCUAGGAUCUUAUCCAAAUGGGCCUCUUCUUGGCACAAACCUGUUGACAAUUCCGAAACAAAGAUCAUCUUCGGUGACCUCAGCAAACAAUGCAGGUUCUAGACGAGCCGGAAUUUCUCAGAAUUUAAGUCCUGGCACUUCACCCAAUAACGGGCUUCUUUCCAGUGGGUACCACCGAUCGCCUGUGGAGUUUCCUGAUAAGGCUGAUUUUCUUACUAAACCUAGUGUUAAUGUACAUAAAUCUCUGGGAAGCCCAUUCAAUUUUUCAGAUUGUCAACAACAAUUUAGAACAUCUUCGUGUUAUACUUGCAAUAGUUGCAGACGACAAGUGCUCAACUCUGUCGCAAACUCAUUAUGUGAAUCUGUAGCAGAAUGUCAAAGCCAAAAAUCAGGUGAAGAUGGAAACAGCCAAGUUUCAAAAGAUCUUGCAGAGAAACUGCAGAAUGAAAUAGAAGAAACAAAAAAUCAAAUGGAUCAAACUAAGAAUUUUCAGUCUGAUAUUGAGGAGAAUUCUUCAUUAGAACUGAUGUUAAUAGAAAACUAUAAUUCAUUAAUGGAGGAAAUGAACAGCUGGAAUUUUCAAAUAUUUGAUCUUGUUCAAAAAAUGGGAGAUAAAUCUAGAACAAUCCUUAGCCAGGUUGCAUUUACAUUGUUUCAAGACACUGGUUUAUUCGAAAUUUUCAAAAUUCCAAUUCAGCAUUUCAUGAACUACUUUCAAGCACUCGAAAAUGGUUAUCGAGACAUUCCUUAUCACAAUCGAAUACAUGCAACAGAUGUUCUUCAUGCCGUAUGGUAUCUUACAACGAGACCAAUUCCCGGAUUUCAGCAAAUAGACAGUGACUCUGGGGGAGGAACCAGCAGGGAAAAUGAUAUUUCAGUGGGCCACAUUGCCUAUGUUUCCUCCAAAAGCUGUCCUGUUGUAGAUGAAAACUAUGGAUAUUUAGCAUCAAAUAUUCCAGCCUUAGAAUUAAUGGCUUUAUAUGUAGCAGCAGCCAUGCAUGAUUAUGAUCAUCCUGGUCGGACAAACGCUUUUCUGGUAGCAACAAAUGCUCCUCAGGCUGUGUUGUACAAUGAUAGAUCAGUUUUAGAAAAUCAUCAUGCAGCCUCUGCAUGGAGUCUCUUCUUAUCUCUACCGGAAUACAAUUUUCUGUCUAAUCUUGACCAUGUGCAGUUCAAACGAUUUCGAUUCUUAGUGAUUGAAGCAAUCCUUGCGACAGAUCUCAAGAAACAUUUUGAUUUUCUUGCUGAAUUUAAUGCCAAGGUAAACAUGAAUGGGCAUGGUAUUGAAUGGAGCAAUGAGAGCGAUCGACUGUUAAUAUGUCAGAUAUGCAUCAAGCUUGCAGAUAUCAAUGGUCCAGCUAAAGUUAGGAAUCUACACCUGAAAUGGACAGAGGGAAUUAUUAAUGAAUUUUAUGAACAGGGAGAUGAAGAAGCAAACCUGGGGCUACCUAUUAGCCCUUUUAUGAACCGACAUUCUCCUCAACUUGCCAAAUUACAAGAAUCUUUUAUUACCGACAUUGUUGGUCCUCUUUGCAAUUCUUAUGAUGCAGCCGGCUUGCUUCCAGGCCAAUGGAUUGAAAAAGAUGAGAGGGAAAGCUCUGACGAUUGUGAUGCGGGAGAGGAUAGUGAAGAGGAAAUGGAAGAUUUAGGAACAAAAUUACAAAGAAGAAAAAACGGGCAGCGCGUAUUUAGUCAACUAAUAUACCAUUUGAACGAAAACCAUAAACUAUGGAAGAAAAUAAUUGAAGAAGAGGAACUAAGUAAACCAGAAGAAAACGAACGUUCAGGAAAUACCUCCUUAUGUCAGACAGAUGAGAUUCAGGUUAUUGAGGAAGCAGAUGAAGAAGAUGAACGACAUUAAGAACAAGAAGAAAUACUUUUGAAAGACUUCAUAACAGCGCCCUAGACUGCUCCAAGAAUAUACUUUUAUCCAAAAUGCUGGCUGUAAACUGACAGACUUGAGAGAAGUAUGAAAAAUAGUAUACUGAAUAAUGUGAAAGGACAUUUAUUUCUUCAGCAUUAUCACACUUCUAUGCACUUUUGCCAUAUGGAAAUAAAAAAAAAAAGACUUUAUUCAUAGACUGACUGAACACAGUACUGCAUUCCAUGAUGAGAAGAUUUUAUGUCCAGCUUGGUCUUCAAGUAUCUUUGUUUUGCUGCCUUCCUAAAAGUAACUUUUUAUUAUCAAAAUGGAAUUAACAGUUUGGAGAAAAAUCAAUCUGAAAUACCCAAGUUACAAGGACAUUCUGUUUUAUAGAAGCUCUCGAGACAAAGACCUGUAAUGUUUUAGAAUUGGUAUUUUGUUUUUAAUGCGAAUCUUAAAAUCACUGUGCCUGUCAAUAAGCAGUUUCCAUCAAUUUAAUUUGCAAGAGUUUGAUUAAUGAAGUUAUUGGAUUGAUUUAACCAUUAGAUGACUGCAAUCAGAUUUGCCGGUCCUUAUGGUUAAAACUGAAUUUCUUCUGCAUCUGUUUGAUGCUUUUGUUUUUAUUGUGGUAAAUAGCCUGCCAUUUUAUUUUUCUAAAAAUGUACAGGUUUCCAAUGAGUAUUCAGGCUAAUUUGCUAAAUAUACCCCUGUUGCCUUUUUUUUCAUUGUUCUGUAAUAGAACAUACAAGUUAUUUAACUAUUUUAAUAAUUACAGGAUUUUAUUCUUUUAAUCAAUGUUGUAAAUAUGUUCCACUCUUUCUCAGGAUUCAUGUUUAAAAUUUUUAGAUUUUUUAAAGAUUUUAUAUUUACAGACUUAGGCUAAUGCUAGAUGCUCAUUAAAAAUAUUGACUUUCACUCUGUAU